AUGACAACCAACGUCAGCAGUCUGGGACGUCGCGACGCCUGGAUGCAGCCUUUGCAACGAAUCAAUAAUAUUGUUAUAUAUGUUGAAUUGUGUUGUAAAUCUUGCCGUAAUUUCGGACCAUGUGCCCGACCUGACCAAGCCUCACAAGCGAGGCUGGAGAGGACGUGGGAUCCCACAACUGGAGACCCACCCCUACAUACACCCCCCGGAGAGGACCAGCUCUCCAAAACCAAUCCAAGUAAGCCCAGGGCCUUAGAAACAGCAAUUUCCAAAACUCCAAGCGUGCAGAGCUCCCCAACACCGGCGCCAUCUAGUGGUCAGAAGCUGAACUCCCCGCCCUACGAUGUAGGUCGCGAAAUUGAGAAAUUGGUAAAGAAGCUGAGGACCCCAUCACCCAGCUCCCACAAAGCAGGCAGCUCUGCUUCCUUCCAAAAGCCGUACGACAAAGAAAAUCGUGGCUUCACAAUAACAUCGGCAACAGGAAAAUCCGUAAGAUUAAUCAGUAAUUUUCAAUUGUCUAACACCCUGGGAAGCGUUACAGAUACCUGCACCUCUCCAAGACAACAAUCAAAUAAGCCUGGAACAGAACCAGCGGCCACAGAUCCCAACAUCGCAGAGAACAGCCAUCUUGCGAUCAAAACUAAAAAGAAGAAGAAGACUAAAAAACGUGCCACCCAAUACAACUACGGCAGCGACACAGAUUCCAGUGUUCAGCUCCGCCACGCCGACGACGAUAAGCAAAAACGCAAAAAACAAAAACCAGCAAAAACAGCAUCCCCAAAUAUGGACAUUAAAAAGCUACACGAAGAGUACGUAGCCGGCAACGACCAGAGCACCAAAGCAGUACCUAUGGAUGACAACCCCAGCACCCUCUCAGGAGAUGACAACCCCCAAGGAGGCAACGACGCACCCCCAGCCCCCCAAAAUGAACCCGAACACGAAAACGCUGACGGAUUCAAAAAACCUAAAAAAUUUAUACCUUUCAAAAAAAUCCCCAGCAAAAUUUACCCAAUCGAACCCACAAAACUACCCCUUAACAACCAAUUCCAGACCCUUAAUAACGUAAAUAACACAGACUCCACUGAUACCCAUGACGUUGUCAUACAGGUUCCACCAACACACCCCCAGGAAGGCACACUGAGCCAACAACAACCCCAAGGAGCAACUCAGGACCCAGCCCAGCCCAAAACAACCACCCAGGCCCCGCGUCGCCCCCAGGAGCCUAUGCCAGGCCCCUCAACCCGCCCAGACAGCAGCCUGCCAGCCAGCAGAACUGCACCAGCCAGAAGGAAGACCCCCGUGCCACCAAUCAUCGUAUCAGCCAAAUUCGACAACCACAAAGAUGGCGUAAGAGCCAUCAAAGAAGUCAUAAAUGGUGGCUUCAAAAUCAAAUACACCAAAAACAACAUGAUCCUCGACAUCGACAAGGUAGAAGACUACAAGCUCAUGCUAGAGGCUCUAAAAGACAACGAACAAGAAUUCCACACCUACACGCUGGAAGCAGACAAAUCGCACGCCUUCAUCAUCAGAGGGAUGGACGCACCCGACGUCACCACAGCCGACAUCCAGGAGGCACUGGAAGAGAAGCAAGUUCCAGUCCACAACCUCUACCAAUUGACAACGAAAUUCAGGCCACUCUUCAUGUUGGUCACAAGCCCCAAUGUGACCCUCUCCUACCUUAACACAGAAAUCAAGCAUCUCAUCAACACCAGAGUCUACUGGGAGACCAGACGCCAGGGAAGGAGAGUCAUUCAAUGUCAUCGAUGCCAGGGCUGGGGACACGCCACAGCAAACUGCGCCAGGGCCGUAAGAUGCAUGAAGUGUGCCAAGGAGCACCUCACCAAAACUUGCACCAAAAGCUCCACCCUCCCAGCUCUUUGCGCCAACUGCGGCGGUGCCCACACCGCCUGCUCAGAAAUCUGCCCAGUCUACAUCUACAAGGUCAAAAUGCUGGAAAAAAGAAACCCUGCACAGCCUGCCUCUCGUCAGUACACCGACGCACCACCCCCAACAACCAACUACUGGACUGCCAGGCAGAAUGCAGCCCAAGCCCAGCAUCCAGAGCCACAAACCCAACGCAGAGACCAGCCCACCACCCAACGGAGCAUCAGCACCACGCAGCCCCCCCACCGCACCACAGCAGGGGCGCCUAGCAUGUCUAACGACUUCAAAGAACUCUCCGAACAGUUCGCCAUCCUUAACAGCAUGUGUAACUUGCAAGGUAUGUUGACGGCUAAAACUACGAUAUCUAAAAUGCCACCUAAAAACUUGAAAAUCACACUAUGGAAUUCCAAUUCCUUAAAAAAUAAAAUACCCUCCCUUAUCCACUUCCUCAACACCCAUCCAGUCGACAUCCUAAUCAUAAAUGAGACCAAACUCAAACCUACAGAUAAAUUAAAAAUUAAAGGCUUCACCUCACACAGACAAGACCGCCCUAACGCCAACAGAGGUGGAGGAGUUGCUAUUCUUGUUAAAUCUCACAUAAACCACACCCGCCUUAAGCAAUGCAACUCAACCAUCGAGCAUAUUAUACUCAAAGUCUCUAAUAUCCACAUUAUAGCUGCCUACAACCCCCCUGCCAAUAGAUUUAGCCUAUUGGAUAUUACCCCCUUCUUCAGCCGGUUUGACAAAGCCAUCCUGCUUGGUGACCUCAAUGCUACCAACAGGCUCCGGCACUGUCGCAGAAACAAUGCCAACGGUUCAAUCUUGCUCGAUUUCAUUGACAUCACAACUUGCACCCUAGCCUACCCCAACGAACCUACCCACUACCCACCCAACCAAACCCAUCCUUCAAUCCUUGACAUAGCCAUCCUCAAGAGUGUAGAACUCGCUGGUGCACCUCAGCCGGUACACGAGCUUGACUCAGACCAUCUACCGGUGUUCUACACUCUAAAAACCAAAAUUAACCCACCCCCACCCCCCAAAAAAAUAUACAAUUAUAAAUCCACCAACUGGCUGCAAUAUAGGAAUUAUCUCAAGUUAAACACACAAAUUAAUCCACACCUAAACACUAACGCCCAAAUAGACACAGCUGUCGAAGUCUUCACCCAGAACUUAUCCAGUGCCAGAGAUCGCACGACAAAAAACAUUAAAGUUAAACCCCCCCUAGAUAGCAUCCCUGACACAACCACAGAAAAAAUCAAAAAUAAAAACAAAUUUAAGCGAUUAUACAACCAGCAUGGGUUGUACUAUUACAAAGUUCAAUACAACAUCCUAAGACGUCAAAUCAAUGACGAAAUUAGAGAACACAGGGAUGCUGUCUGGGGUAAUUUACUACAAAAUCUUAGUCCAUCUGACAACAGCCUUUGGUCUUUGGCAAAAAGGCUAAAACCAAAAACUGGCAUACCCACAUUAACCCUAGGUAAUCGAUUAUUAACAACUGACUUAGAAAAAGCACAGGCUCUGGGUGAGUACUUUGGAGGCAUACAUACAACUGAUCUAACCACGAUGACACCCAAACACCGCGAGAUUAUCAACGUUUUCCGUGAAUUUGACGCUGAAUACACACAGCCACCUGUCGACCCAAGACACCUCACAUCCCCCAACAUGCUCUCUGGCAUCCUUGCGGGCCUGCCCAAUAGUAAAGCACCAGGUGCUGACGGGAUCGACAAUAUCUUACUCAAAAAUUUGCCGCAGAAAUGCAUCGUGCAACUAACAUAUAUUAUCAACUCUUGCAUCAAAAAUUCAUACUUCCCAACUGCAUGGAAACAUGCAGUAAUAGUGCCGAUGCAUAAAAGCGGCAAAGAUCCCGUCCACCUUGCUAGCUAUAGACCUAUCAGCCUCUUGAGCGGCGUCUCCAAGGUGCUAGAGAGGGUAAUAUUAAGAAAUUUAGAAAUCCUAGACAAAAGAUUGAAAAUAACACCGCCCGAACAGUUUGGGUUCCGACCAGGCCUAAGCACAAAUCACCAGGUUGCCCGAAUUGUCCACGACAUCAAGCAGGGCUUUAACAAAAAGCAGAACACAGUAAUGGCUCUGCUUGAUGUCGAAAAAGCUUUUGACAAAGUCUGGCAUGAUGGCCUGGUUGCUAAAUUACACACACAAAAAAUCCCAGCCCAAACUGUUCGACUACUUCAAUCUUUUGUCUCGAAUAGAACGUUUACCAUCAAAAUCAAUAACACCACCUCACCACACUUUCCAAUUGGGGCGGGAGUCCCUCAAGGCACAGUACUCGCCCCAAAACUUUACACGUUGUACACGGCAGAUAUCCCCAAGUCGAUACACACCAAAAUCGGCCUGUUUGCCGACGAUACUGCCCUGUACAACUCAUCCUUCCAUUCCCAGGUGGCUGUUAACCAGUUAAAAAUCUAUCUGAGAUCGCUAACUAAAUUUUUUGAAGACUGGAAAAUCACCAUUAACCAUUCCAAAACAGAACUCAUAAACUUCAGCGUCAAAUUCACAAACAAUCGUAUUUUCUCAACAUUAAAUAUGAAUAAUGUCUAUAUACCACCAACUCACACAGCCAAAUACCUGGGCAUCACCCUCGAUAAAAGACUUACCUUCCAGCCUCACUUUCAUACGCUGAAAGGAAAGGUUUACAAUGCCAUCAGCAAAGUUUACCCAUUAAUUAACAAAAACAGCCCGCUGUCUGUAAGAAAUAAAACAAUUCUCUACAAAACAGCGGUAAGACCCACCAUAACAUAUGGCUGCCCAGUAUGGUGCUCCACACCUGACACAUCAUAUACCCACUUACAGCGUCUGCAAAAUAAGGCACUAAGCCAUGUUACAAGUGCAGGAAGAUACGACUCAGUAGACGCGAUGCACGAAACCACAGGCAUCGAAUCAAUAAAAGAUUUUGUAUUUAGGAUUUCUAAUGAUUUUUAUAAAUACAAAAUUAAGAACUCACCCCUAACAUCUAACAUCACAAGCUUAAGGCAAAUGCAUAACAUCCAUUACAAACAUAGUGCCACGGCCGAUUCGAACUUUCCCCAAGACGACACCCGCCGCUAUGUCGGCAGAGGAAGAGGAAAGAAGAUCAUAGUCAGCCCCACAGUGGAAGAAAGAAUCAAAAUUCUCAAAAACGUGAGUCCAAACAGCACAAACAUACAUAACCAAAGCCAAAGUCCACCCUGUACAUCAACACAUUUUGGACAACGAUAUACUAAGUCCCCAUCUAGCGGAACAGCGCCCAACUUAGAAGAAACGCUAGACGGAAUCAAAGCGCAAAUUCAAUACAUUCAACAAAAUUACACAGAUAGCGCCACAACAAAAAUUCCUAAUAAGGAGAAUAUCCCGCCAGCCAAUCAACAACGAAGUGCGCAUCGAACAAGAUCGCGCUCACCAAUAAGAAAGAACGAAAGACAACUUGGCAGUCCCACCGCAAUGAAAACCCAAACCACGCCCACGGCAACAAUCACCACAGCGACAGCCACCAUCGCUACUACCACAGUAACGGUAACCACGCCCACUACGAGCUUAGCACAACCAAUAACAAGCACCAGCAGCAAUACCCACCAAACAAUAGCACAAACCGGUGAAAACUCCAACAAAAUGGACACCGAUGAUCAAAAUAACACAAAAACAAAGAAAACAACCGAUGAAAACGAUGAAGACAUUGAACUAGACGAAGAAGGUAAUCCAAAGAAGAAAUUAAAGUUCACUAAACCCAGAAAAACAAUAUCAACGGCCACAGUAAUCAGGAAAAAAGCCAAAGAGGCAGAGAUAACCACGCAAAAUAAAUUCGAUGCACUUAAUAAAACGAAUGACAAAACUCUUGCUGAAAAUAAUGAACCUACACCGAGCACAAGCCAAACAAACACCGAAACAAACAAAAACAACCAAAAUACCAGACCAAGAACAUAUCGCACAAAUACAACAACCAAAAAAGAUAUUAAUCUUCCACCACCUAUCAUCAUAGCAGGCAAAACUGAUAUGAGACAUAGAGAAACAAUUGAAACACUCAAAGAAAACCUAACAGACUUCACAGUGAAACACACAAAAUACAACACAAUAAUCAACAUAAAAAAAAAGGAAGAAUACAACAACUACAUAGAAAUACUGAAAGAAAACAACAGUAAUUUCCACACAUAUACACCUCAAGACGAAAAAACCCACGCAUUCGUCAUGCGUGGACUUGACGCCAAAAUAACAAUACCUGAACUAAAAGAAGCACUACUGAAAGAAAGACAACUCGAAACAUACAAUAUAUUUGAACUAAAAAAAACACACAGACCACUCUACAUGAUUACAACCAGCUCAGCCGUCACACUACAGUGGCUGAAUAGCAACGUACAAUACAUAGAUCACACAAGAGUUUUCUGGGAAAGAAAGAAAAACAAAAGAACUAUAAUACAAUGUCACAGAUGCCAAGAAUGGGGGCAUGCAACGACUAAUUGCAACAACCAAUUCAAAUGCCUCAAAUGCGCCAAAGAACAUCCCACCAACACCUGCACCAAAAGCAAAGACACACCGGCGACCUGUGCAAAUUGUGAAGGAAACCACCCAGCAAAUAGCGUAGACUGCCCAGUCUACCUAUAUAAAAUAACCCAAAUAGCUGAUAGAUAUAAAACUAAACCGCAACAAUCCAAGACAUACACCCAAGCCCCACCACCGGAGACCAACGCCUGGGCAGCCAGGCAACUAAAGCUGCAGUCUACUCAGCAAUCACAGCAACCAACAGUCGAAAAGCAGGCCCCCCGCACCAAACCACACAAGCUAAAGAUCGGUCACCUUGGAGAACUCAUCAAUCUUGAAGGCAUGCUGCAAGCAGUCAGAGACCUAACUAAUAUCCUAAAAUAUUGCACCACACGAGCUGACAGAUUCCAUACAUUUAUGGAAUUUACUAUAAACAAGGUAAACAGUUAUAACAUUUAA